GCUUCAGACACUUCACAGCUCCUUUCAGAAGUUGUUAUUCCUCCCAAGUAUCCCUAGAAUUUGUAUAUUUAUACAACAGCAGAGGGAGCCAGAACUUCAAAGUCAGACCAUAAUCAUGAAGCAGAAUUCAUUGGCUAAGUUGAAGGGAGGGAAGGACAGAGGGCGGGAGAGAGAGGGGAGAGGGAGAGAGAUGCCAUCCAAAUUACCUACAGAAACAGCCAGCAGAGCUUCUCUCCUGGACUGCUAGGGCACAGAAGAUCUUACUUCACUCCUACAACAUUUCUGCUUUCUUCCAGAACAGAAAUGUGCACCAACAGCACUGAUUCUCUCCAUCAGUAACUGAUAUACCCAGACCUUCCACAGCCAGACAGAACAGAUAUAACGCUUUUAGGCUGGCUCCAGAAGACUCAGACUGUGUUUGACAACCACCCUUUUGGAUAAAUAUUUUGGGAUUCAAGAUGAAUAAGACAAGGGCUGUUAGUGAUGUUUUUCAUUUCCUGAUCAGCAAGAACUGGAGCUCAAGCCGAAGCUUUCCUAUGAACAUUUCUAAUCAGUGCAUGAACAUCACUGACCUUACUGUCUUUCUGGCCACCUCCUACAGCUUGGAGACUGUUCUGGGCAUUGUGGGAAACAUCUGUCUGAUUGCUGUCAUUGCCAGGCAGAAGGAAAAGGCCAAUGUCACCAACAUCCUAAUUUCCAACUUAAUAAUUUCAGACUUGUUUAUGUGUCUUGUCUGCCUGCCUUUCACCGUUGUUUACACCAUGAUGGACUACUGGAUAUUUGGAGAAGUCAUGUGCAAAAUGACCUCUUUCACUCAGUGCACUACUGUGACAGUGUCAAUCCUUUCCCUUGUCCUUAUUGCUCUGGAGAGGCACCAGCUCAUCAUAAACCCAACUGGCUGGAGGCCAAAUACCUCCCAAGCCUACCUAGGAAUUGGAGUGAUUUGGACUUUAGCGUGUCUCAUGUCCCUGCCCUUUCUGACCACGUCCAUCUUGUCUAACGAGUUGUAUGAGCAGCUCUCACACUUCAUGAAUUUUUCCACUGAUAAGGCAAUAUGUAUCAACUCGUGGCCUUCUGAGCAGCACAAACUUAUCUACACCACCACUUUACUGCUCUUGCAGUAUUGCAUGCCUCUGUUCUUCAUCAUCCUUUGCUACCUGCGGAUCUACCUGCGCCUGCAGAAGAGAAAGGACAUGUUUGAGAAGAGCGAGUACAGCAACCGAGCCGUCCAGCUGAGAAGGAUCAACAUUUUGUUAGCAUCCAUGGUUGCUGCUUUUGCUGUUUGCUGGCUGCCACUGCAUGUUUUCAACACCAUCGUGGACUGGAAUUACAAAAUCAUUUCACCUUGCCACCACAACCUCAUCUUCUCAUUGUGCCACCUGGUAGCCAUGGCUUCCACCUGUGUCAACCCUGUUAUCUAUGGUUUCCUAAACAGCAACUUCAAAAAAGAAGUCAAGUCACUGAUUCUGAGCUGCCAGCAUAAUUCAGUAACUGCCUCAAUGGAAGAAUAUGAUCAUUUGCCUUUAUCCACCAUGCAGACUGAAAUUUCCAAGGGGUCACUGAUGUUGAACUGCAGGCACAAUUCUAUCUAACGAGCAGAAAACAUUUCAGAAGGGUGCACUGACACCACACACCAAUUAUAUUACCUGUGGGUAAUACAAAGCAACUGGUGAUGCCACAGCUGGGACGUGAACAGGAGCCCAUCACUACCUGAUUUUUGGAAGAACAAGAAAAUGUUGUAAAUGUUCACAGUUGCUGCUGUGGUGUGCAAGUUUUUCGUGUCAAUGAGGUGGUACAGACACUGAGGAGACUGGGCUGAUGUAUCAGCAGCUGCUCUAAGAUCAGUAACUAAGCUGUGGCUGCACAGAGGCUGAUGUGGGAUUCAUCAGUGAAACUCGUAUCUCUACCAUGGCUGCAGUAGAAAACCAGAUUUCCAGUUUCAGCACUGCAGGCUGACAAAAGCUGUGUUGAAGAAGAGUCUGUUUUUUAGUAUUAGUAAGAUUUUUAUGCACAGCUGAAACACCAGUGGAACAGAGAUAUGUAAAUAUCAAUUUUUUUUUUUUUUUGCUUUACCACCUCUCACAGCCCAUUAAGUAACAGCAUCUUUCAGAUCUUCACAUAAAACAACUGCCUGUUUCUGUGAAACUUCACUCUCUGCCAUAGGCUUGAAAAUAGCCAUUGCCUCUGCAAGUGGGGACAAGGAACAAUGGCCCUGGUAUGUAAAGAAGACAGUCACUUAUGAGGGAUGGCAGCAAAUGAAAAUGUUAUUAGAUGGAUUAAACUCAAAAUGCAUUGAGAUGA